UGUGUGUCGUUGUGUGAUGUCUUGUCCGCUUUUAGAUCACGACAUCGUGACGGCUUGUGUCGUUUGCAAAACAAACCUUUGAGAUGUCUUACCACCACAAAAGUCUUUCCACCGGACGCAGAUCGUCACUAGGCGGAGUGGCCAUGGCUGAUGUAAAGGAGAACUUCAAAGUUGUUGUUCGUAUUCGACCAUCUCUAGAUCGCGAAUUCAAAGCUAGAGCAACGAAAUGCGUGACGUGUGACAACGUAAAUCAAACAGUUACGAUUGUGAAACCGUCAGAGCGCCGCCCUAGCAGCAGUAAACUGCUAUCGAUUGAUGCUGAUGAUUUCGGACAGCGAAUCAGUCUUAUGGACAAAAUGAACUCGCACAGUUUCACAUAUGAUUGUGUGUUCGAUCCAGGAACCACUCAGAGGCAGUUAUAUGAGGCUUGUGUGAGGGAGGUUCCCAUGUCUGUUCUACAAGGAUACAAUGGCAGUAUUAUAGCAUAUGGGCAGACUGGAACAGGAAAGACAUACACAAUUGAAGGAGAAAGUGGUGAUGAAGCAAGAGGAAUCAUUCCACGAGCCUCAGAGCAUAUCUUUGACUACAUUCAAAAUCAAGCUUCUUCCUCUGCAAGAUUUCUUGUUCGCUGUUCAUACUUAGAGAUCUACAAUGAGAAAAUAUCUGACCUAAUUGAUCCUACACGUAAAGAUCUUCGUAUUCGAGAGGAUGCUGAAGGCAGUGUGUAUGUUGAGAACUUGUCCGAACAUGUUGUUCGCAGUUUAUCAGAUGUCAGGCAGCUCAUGAAGAAGGGAGGAACAUCUCGUACAACAGAUAGCACAAGAUUAAACACGGUAAGCAGUCGCAGUCAUGCUGUAUUUACUAUUGUGGUGGAGCAUUCAACAACAACAUCUAGUGGAAGUACAUUGGUAACUGUUGGCAAACUGAAGCUUGUUGACUUGGCUGGUUCGGAAAGAUUUGAAGCUGAUGCAAAGUACAAGCAUCAGGAGGAAACAAAAAAUAUUAAUCUUAGUCUGUACAUGUUUGGAAAGGUUGUUCUUGCUCUUACGACACCUGGCACAACAUACAUACCAUAUAGAGAUUCAAAACUUACCAGGAUGCUACAGGACAGUCUUGGUGGCAACUGUAAAACAACAUUGAUUACAACAAUUAGUCCAAUGUCAGUAUCUUUUCCUGAAUCUCUCAGCAGCCUUAAAUUUGCAAAGAGAGCAAAAGCUAUCAAGAACAAAGCUGUUGUCAACCAAGAUGAAAGGCACCAAGCCAUGCUAUCUGUAUAUGAAAAAGAGAUCAAACGAUUAAAGUCUGAGUUGGCAUCAACUAGAGCGGGGCUUAUUGAACGUGUUGAGUUGGAACGUCUUGCAAUGGAAAAGAGGAAGAUUGAAGAGGAGAAGGAUGUAGUUCUCAGUGAGCUGUAUGCGCAGCAGCGUGAAAUAAAUACAGUAAUGGUUGAGAAAGAAAGAUAUGAAGGAAUAAUAAGAGAAUUAGAAACACAGGUACUAUUGGGAGGUCAUAAAAUUGAAGAAACACCUGAAUUUCAACAAGCAAUAGAGAAGGAACAAAACAGGCUGAAGAAAGAAGCAGCUCAGACUCUUGCUGAGUUACAGGCAGAACGGACUAGGUUGGAAAGUGAACGAGCUGAAUUUGAACGUGAACGUAAUCAGUUUAUGGAAACGCUGUCUGUUCGAUCUGCUCCAGAUGGAGAGCCCGAGGAAGAGGCAAGGACAAGUGCAGUGAUGAACUCAAAAUCAUUAGCUAUCUCUUCUACUAAGACUGAUUUCAAUCGAUUAACACCUGCACCCCCAUCCACAAACAAACCAUCUCAUCGUACAAGACGUAUUACUGUUGGAGGAUCUCAUAGUCCAACAGGAAGCAACUUGGGAGUGACUUCUGGUGGCUGGCUUUCUCACUUUGGUGCUAGUUACUCACAAGCUCCAUUGUCUCCGUUUCAGGCUAAAUUACAGAGGAAAUACAGUUUUGGAGGAGCCAACUCUUCUGCUGUUAGUUCCAGACCUCAUACAAGUGCUGGCUAUUUUGGACAAGCUGUGAAACAGUCAUCGAGAUCUCAUUCUGUUCACGGUUACUAUCCUUCUCGACUGGCUUCAUCUACAGGGAACAACCCAAACUGGUAUCCACAGACAGCUUGGGAUGAGAGUUAUGAAGGGGUACAAGCAGCGUCAGGUUGGUUGCUGCCUGAUGAAGAAUCGCUUCGACAAUAUGCCUUAGCUUUAAGCCACCCUGUUAGUGGAAUACCGACUCAAGCAAGUCAUAAUGACCUCCCAGUGUUUUCAGGUGAUGCAGCUGCACAAUGGUUUGUUGCUAACAUGGAAGGUGUUGAGAAUUUUGGCGCUGCUCAGGAUGUUGGUCAACGUUUAAUGGAUCUGGAGGUCUUUAUGGGACUAACAGGUUCUUCAGUAUUCUUGAUUUCUGACAUGGAAUUCUACAAGUUUGCUUAUCAAUAUCAACACCAGCUGCAUCGACGUGCCACUAGCUUAUCUGGUAUUCAAAUGUCAUCAGAGGCAACAUCAAGGCAAUACCAAUUAACACUACAAGAUAGAUCAACUGUAUUGCAAUCAAUAGAAGGAUCCCAAGUGAGUCUUGCGUCAUUGACUACAGCCAGUGAGCUAAAUUCGAGAACCAAUGAGAAACAACGUGGUAUUAGAAGCUAUACUGCAGCUGCAUUGGAAAGUCAUAAGAGUAGUCCAGAAGGAUCCAGCUUUAGUGUUCGUACAGCUGUGUCAAGUAAAACAUCAAUGUCAUCCAAUGCAAGCAUUGAUGCUGUGUUUGAAGGGCUAGGUUGGACUGACUAUAAAUCUAGUGCUCUUCAUAUGGCUGCUGGCAGAGGUGAACGUAGCAAGGUCUCCAAACUUGUCAAACAACACGGUGUGAACUAUCAAGAUUCCAAAGGCAGGACACCUCUUAUGUAUGCAGUAGUAACUGGGCAGGCAAAGUGCUGUCAGUUGCUAAUAAGACAUGAUGCAGAUGUAAAUGCUGUAGACAGGCAUGGGUGGUCAGCUCUUCUUUAUGCCAUUCAUCACUGUCAAGAUGAAGUCCUCAAACAUUUUUUGAAGUACCCAUUGAUCAAUUUACAAUGUUGUGAUGAAGAAGGUCAAAAUGUGUUUCAUCACAGUUGCAUCUUGAAAACAACUAAAUGUCUUGAAAUGCUGCUUCAAUGUUCAGCUGCUCUGAAAGCUAUUAACAAGAGAAAUGUAUGGAACGAGACAGCCCUUCAUGUUGCUGUGAAAUAUCACCAUAGUGAACAUUUGCGUUUGCUGUUGCUAUCAAAUGCUGAACUCAGCGUUAGUGAUGGCCAGGGCCGAACAGCAUUGCACGUGGCAGUUACUGAAAAUGCAUUGACUUCUAUUCAAGCUAUAUUGGAAAUUAAGCCUGGAGAAAUGAACUUGAUUGAUCUCAAUGGGCAGUCAGCACUUCAUCUGGCGUGCUUUGAGGGAACAAUAGAAGCUGUAUCUUUGCUUCUAGCAAACAGAUGCUGCAGCAUUGAUAUGAGAGACAGUUGUAUGAAAUCUGCUCUGCAUCUUGCUGCUCAAAAUAGCAGGGCUGAUAUUGUCGAGGUUCUACUGCAAAGGGGCUUUCAAGUGAUGGUGAAAGAUGCUGAUGGGAAGAACCCUUUACAGUACGCUCUUGAGCAGGGUGAUUCUGAAUGUGUGCAGUUACUUCAAAGAGCCACACAAAAGCAUUAGAUUUACAUUUUCUUACACUGCAGGGUAGUGUAUUAUAAAAUUUAGUUUUGUAUAACUUUGACUAUUAUUGCUUGAUCAACUGAUCUAGUUAAAGUAUUUUUCUACCUGUUUGUACUCAAACAAAAUAUUGUACAUUGAAUUGUAUACGUUUAAUUAAUUGUUUUUUAAGCAUUUGACAUACGACUCUCUAGCGCUCUCAGGUUUCUUUCUUGUGCAUUACAUG